AUGCUCAAGAACCAACUGGCGUAUCUCCCCGACCUCAGCGAUCUCCGGCCUGAGGCCAACAUCGACGAUGCGAUCGUCGGUGAGCCCGGGGAGUCGGACCCCGAAGAGGAGGAGCGGCUCCGGGCCGUCCUCCGGAAGCAUCGUAUGAUUUUCUUGGGAGAGGGGAAUGCACUUCCUCCCCCCGCCCUGGGCGUGGUGUGCGACUUGGACAUCGGGGACGAAAAACCCACUUCCAUGCGAUCCCGGCGGAUCCCCGCCGACUUAUUGUCCAAGGUGUACGAGUUGCUCAAGCGCCUCCUGGAAACGGGCCUGAUCGAAUAUUCCAACUCGGAAUGGGCGUCGGCCAUCGUCCUCGUGAUGAAGAAGAACGGUACCGAUGUCCGCCUGUGCAUCGACUACCGGUUGGUGAAUCAGCUCAUUAAGCUGAUGAACUACCCCCUACCCCUGAUCGACGAACUCAUGAGCAAUUUCGCCGCCACCAUGUGGUUCAUGACCCUGGACAUGGCCAGCGGUUUUUGGGCGGUCCCGAUGACGGCCCGGGCCCAGCUGAUCUCCGCGUUCAUCUGCCCGCUCGGACACUUCCAGUGGAAGCGCAUGCCGUUUGGACUCAAGAAUGCU